AUGGAGACAAUAAACUACAAAUUAGCUUUCUCAAUGGAUUCAUCCAAACCUUUCUCUUCCUGGGAUGAAAGCAUAAAGAAAAAUUGGCAGGGAAUCAAGAUCUCUCCCUCUUUCGAGCAAAAAUCCAAGUCUAGAAAGGAAGCUAAUUGGACCCAUCCAAAGCCCGGUUGGUCAAAACUAAAUUUUGAUGGUGCUUCUAAAGGCAACUCAAGCCCUUCAGGCAUAGGAUAUGUGAUUAGAGAUCACUUAGGAGCAAUCAUAGGGAAAAUGGCAAAGCCAUUACCACCAGACACUAAUAACAUAGCAGAAUUUAAACCUCUACAACUAGGAUUGAUGGAUUGCAUCAAACAUGGAUUAAGAAACAUCAUAGUGGAGGGAGACUCGGAGAUAGCAAUCAAUGCAAUUAAAAGACAAAAAACCCCGAAUUGGCGGCUACAGGCAAUUCUGGACAGUAUAUUAGAAAACUUGGCAAAACUGGAGCAAUAUGAGGCAAAGCAUAUCUUCAGAGAAGUGAACAUAGUAGCAGAUGUUCUCUCUAAAGCAACAAUAGAGGGUGCUUAUAUUCAUUGGUGGGAUCAGGGAGUCAGAUAG